AUGACAGUACUAAUCCUGGUAGUUGUGAACAGUGCACCUGUCCUGCUGAUUCAUGUCCUCUUUCUAUUUACCUCAGUUUCAAAAUCAACUGCUAACAUAUGGUUUCCAAAAAGUCUCCCUUGUGACGUGACAAAAAAUGGCCCUGCAGUGGUUGUGGACUGCAGUGAACGUGAACUUACACAUGUACCAACUGGCUUUCCCUCAAAUGCCACCAACAUCAGCCUGACUAUUAAUCACAUCCUUGAAGUACAUAGCACGUCUUUUUCUGGAUUAAGUAACCUCACUGAGAUUGACUUAAGGUGUAACUGUGUGCCUGUCAGACUUGGUCCCAAAGACAGAGUGUGCACUAAGCCCUUGAGGGUACAAAAAGGGGCCUUCUCUUCCUUGCCAGCCUUGAGAUCACUCUACUUGGAUGGGAACCAACUAAACGAGCUGCCUGAAGGCUUGCCCCAUACUCUGACAAUGCUGAGUCUAGAAGCCAACAGCAUCUUUGUCCUGACUAAAGCAAACCUUUCAGUGAUGUCAAACCUGGAGGCCAUUUAUCUAGGUCAGAACUGCUACUAUCGCAACCCCUGCAACACCUCCUACCAGAUUGAACAAGAUGCUUUCUACGGUCUUAGCAACCUCACCAUCCUGUCGCUCAAAGACAACAACUUGACCUAUGUACCUGGAAAACUGCCAUCUAGUUUAAAGCUGCUUCUUCUGUACAAUAACAUGAUCAAGAAAAUCAAUGAGAAGGACUUUGCUGAGCUGCCCGAGCUGGAGAUCCUAGAUUUGAGUGGCAACUGUCCCCGCUGCUACAAUGCUCCAUACCCUUGCCAGCCAUGCCAGUCUCCAAGUUAUAUCCAAAUACACCCUAAUGCUUUCCAAACACUAAAUAAAUUAAAAGUUCUGCGUUUGCAAAGCAAUUCGCUCUCAGCAGUAUCUAGUUCUUGGUUCAAAAACACUUCCAACCUGCAAAUGCUGGACUUGUCCGAGAAUUUUCUGUUAAAGGAAAUCGGCAAUGCUGCUUUUCUGAAAUAUCUGACCAAACUAGAGGUAAUUGAUCUGUCCUUUAACUACGAGCUAAAGCUGUAUGCAAAGUAUCUGAAUCUUUCCCAGAACUUUUCCAAGCUCAAGUCUCUCCAAAGUUUAAGAAUCAGGGGCUAUGUUUUCAAAAGUCUGAAGGACGAGUAUCUGAAGCCACUGGGGAAGCUCAGGAACCUCAAGUUCUUGGACCUGGGCACCAACUUCAUCAAAGUGGCCAAUCUGCAGAUCUUCAACAUGUUCCAGGGUAUGAAAGUACUCGACCUGUCGGAGAACAAAAUCUCGCCAUCCUCUGGCGAGCCAUUGGGUGCCUGGUGUGGGUCCAAUGAACCUAGCCAGGCGGCUGGCGCCUUUUACGGCUGGUCCGAUCAGAUACAUUACUUCCGCUAUGACGGCUAUGGCCGGAGCUGCAAGUUCAAGGCGGAGAAGGAGGCCAGCUACCCGUUUGUGCCAUCCCGCCAGACCGGGUGCAGUCGCUACGGCUCCACCUUGGACCUGAGCAGGAACAACAUUUUUUUCGUGGGGCCUACGCUCUUCGAAGGCCUUUCCUCCCUGCGGUGCCUCAACCUGUCUGGCAACGCCCUCAGCCAGACCCUCAAUGGCAGCGAGUUUCAGCACCUGCCAGACCUUCUCUACCUCGACCUGUCCAACAACCGCAUCGACCUGCUGUAUGAGACAGCCUUCCAGGAGCUCAAGAAGCUGCGGGUGCUCGACCUCAGCCACAACAGCCACUACUUUGAGAUGGAGGGGCUGACCCACCGCCUGGGCUUCAUCCAGAAUCUGACGGCACUGUCCAAGCUCUUCCUGAACGGGAACGCCAUCCACUCAUCGGCCGACACGGUGCUGAGCAGCCGGUCGCUCCAGGUGCUGGAGUUCCGCGGUAACCGCCUGGACUACAUGUGGAGGGACGGCACCGACCGCUACCUGCGCCUCUUCAGGGGCCUCGAUAACCUGACUCGCCUUGACCUGUCGUCCAAUUUUCUCAGCUUCGUGCCACUGCCCGUCUUUGAGCAUCUGCCGCCACAGCUGGAGGAGCUGGUGCUGGCCGCCAACCAACUGCGCUCCUUUCACUGGAAGGGCCUGCAGCACCUCAACUCGCUGCGCCUGCUUGACCUGGGCAGGAACCAGCUGAGCUGCGUGCCCAGGUCGCUCGCUGACUGCACGGCCGGCCUCCGCUGCCUGGUGCUGGCCGACAACCGCAUCACCCACCUGGGGCGCUAUUUCCUGCGCGGCGCUGCCUCGCUCAGGGAGCUCGACCUGAGCAAGAACCGCCUGCGGACGAUCGACGCGUCGAGCCUGCCGCCGCCUCGACCGUUGGAAGAGGCGGGGAAGGGGUCGUGGGCGGGGCUGCGCGUGCUGCGGCUAGAUGGCAACCCGUUCGCGUGCAGCUGUGACGCCGCCUCCUGGUUGGCCUGGUGGUUCAACCGCACCAGCGUGCACGUGCCACGCCUGGCCACCGGCGUGACGUGUGCGUCACCGCGGGUGCACCUGGGCCGCAGCGUGCUGAGCCUGGACCGGCGCGCGUGCGAGCUGGACUCGCUCGGCGCCGGCCUGCACGCCGCCACCGCCGGCCUCACCAUUUUGCUGCUCUUCGUGUCACUGGCAGCCCAUCGUCUCUCUUGGCAUGCCCGCUAUGCCUACCACCUGUGCGGCGCCAAGCUGCGGGGCUACCGGCGCCUGCCCUCGUCGCCGUCCGCGAGCACCCCUUACGCAGCCUUCGUGGCCUACGACACCCGCGACUCACUGGUCACCGACUGGGUCCUGAAGGAGCUGAUCACCCACUUGGAGGAGACAGGCGACAGGCGCCUUUGCCUGUGCCUGGAGGAAAGGGACUGGGUGCCGGGCCGCUUGAUCUUGGAGAACCUCUCGCACAGUAUCCACCGCAGCAGGAAGACCGUCUUCAUCCUAACCCGGCCUUACAUUGCUACCGGGCAGUUCCGCACCGCCUUCCACAUGGCGUACCAGCGGCUGCUGGAUGAGAAGCUAGACGUGAUCGUGCUGGUCUUGCUGGACAAGGUUUGGCAGCGCUCUCGCUACCUGCGGCUGAAGAAGAGGCUGAGCCGCCACUCGGUGCUCGAGUGGCCCCGCAAUCCCCGCGCCCAGCCCCUCUUCUGGCAGCGCCUGAGGAACACCCUGACCGCUGACAGCCGCCUACAGCAUGGCAAACUCUUCAACGAAAUUGUCUAG